AUGUGUCUCUUUCUCUCUCUCACAUUAUUGGAUCUUGCAGCGGAAGCGGAAAGAAUACGGAAGUGUAAAUGGCGUGUUUUUGCUCUUCAGGAUGAACCUAAGGAAGCUAGGGUCUGGCUACCAAACAAUGACUCUCAUGGCCUUGCUAUGGCACGAGCAUUUAGAGAUUUUUGCUUGAAGGAUUUUGGCCUUAUCUCUGUGCCCAAUGUAUCCUGCCAGCUCCUAACUGAUAAGGAUGAGUUCAGAGUUUUGGCAACUGAUGGUAUUUGGGGUUUUCCCUCAAAUAAAGAAGUGGUAGACAUUGUAGCAUCAGCCCUGGCACGUUCCUCUGCCGCAAGAGCCUUGGUCGAAUCAGCAGUUCGAGCAUGGAGAUACAAGUAUCCAACCUCCAAAGUCGCUGAUUGUGCUGUAGUUUGCCUCUUCCUCGACACUAACAAUUUAUCCACUGCAUCAAACACUAAUACAAAAGAGCAGACUAAUUAAGUACAAGCUGAAAGAGAUGAUCCUUCUGGUCCAACUGGACUGGGGCGAUCAGGAACUGUACGGAGUGGCAAAGAGGUACUGUUAGAAUUAAGUGCAGAAGUGGAUUCCUCAAAUCAAGAUGAAACACAAUUAGAAUCUGGGAUAGAUUGGUCUGCACUAGAAGGAGUUUCUCGCAUCAACACCUUGUUAACUUUGCCUAGGUUUGUGCCUAGAAAGGAUGAUAAAAAGGCUGCAGGAGAGAAGAAAAAGACUCGGAAAUGACAAAGAAAGGGCCAUUAAAUGAUAAAAUUUGGACAGGAGAGGCGGGCCCGGCUAUAUUAGUGUCUGGGAAAUCAUCCUUUCUCUCUCUAGUGUGGGUAGAAUUGGAAUUUUUGUAAAUCCAACUCUCUGUC